CAGGGAUUUUAAAUAUAUAUACCAUUUAUAAAGGAUUUGGGUAAUUCCAGCAAAAAUGACCCUCCCAUUAUAAAAUUAAAAGUUCUAAUAAAAUGGUUUAACAUCAAUUUUCCACUACAGAAAAGUGUAAUCUUUCAAUAACUGAAUGAUUUUUUUUACUUGAUUUUUUUUUAAAUGUUUUACAGCAAUUUUAAAAUUACUAGCUGGUUGGUAGGGAGUUAGGGAUUUUUUGUUUACUUUAACAGGGUUGGUAAUGGAACACUGGAAACAGCUGAUAUUGAUUGUUGUUCUGAAAUAGUGAAGAGCAAAGCAUUAACAACAACUCCACAUUGUUAUUGUUUCUAAUAUGGCUCCAGUCAAGGAUCGUGUAAAAAAACAUAGAGAGAAAACAAAAAAAGAUCCAGAGAAGUGGGAGGCUCUCAAAAAGAAAGAAAGGGAAAGAGACAAGUUACGAAGAUUGAAGAAAAAGGAAAUCUUAAAAACUAAUCCCCAAUUGCAGCAACAGGUCAGAAAUAAAGUAAAUGACAGAGUCAAAGCUCACAGGGAGAGAAAGAAACUUCUUGCAUCUGAUGAAUCAACGAGUAAACCAACGGAAUCACCAAUAGGAACUUACAAUUCCCCUCGGACUUUUGGAAAAGCUGUGAACAAAGUUAAACGUAGCCUCCCAAAUAGCCCACACAAGAAAACUGCAGUCCUAAAAAAACUUGUAAGUGAUGUAAUUGGCAUUGAGUCUUUGGUUUCAAGCACACGAAAAGUAAAACAUGCACAUGUAACUGCAGAAAACAGAGCUCUUGUCGUGGAAUUUUUCUGUCGAGAUGACAUAAGUCGCCAGACUCCUGGUAUCAAAGAUGUUAAGACAAUAAGAAAAAAAGGUGAACAGAAACAGAAGUUGCAAAAACGGUUCAUGGUGAUGACUGUGGGAGAGGCGUACGAGGAAUUUAAGAAAAGGUUUCCACAUGUGAAUAUCGGCAAAUCUAAUUUUUUCUCUUGGCGGCCAGAACAUGUAUGCUUAGUGUCUGACAUGCCUCAUGAUGUUUGCGUCUGCAAAAUUCACUUCAAUUUCAUUAACUUAUUGGAAUCAAUUCACAAAGGAAUCCCAGUUAUUCCAAGAUGUCACAAUGAAUUACUAAAAUAUUUGUGCUGUGAUCCUCAAAACGAGAAUUGUAUGUAUGGAAUGUGUUCCAAAUGUGACAACAACAUUGAUGUAUUGCUUCCAAAUAAUGUUGAUUUGCAAAAGAAAAUUCAUUGGAAACAAUGGGAAGAAGACAACAACAGUCGUCCUGUUCUACAUGAUCACAGUGGGACAUGUGAAAAUGCUCUCAAAAUCUUAACUGAUUUGUUACCCAAGUUCAAAAAACACGCUUUUGUUAAAAAGAUACAGAGUGACUAUUUUCAGAAGUGCAAAAAAAAUAUUGCAGUGAAUGAAGUGGUUAUGCAAUGUGACUUUGCCGAGAACUAUGCUCUUGUCAGCCAAGACGAAAUCCAAAGUGCGCAUUGGUCGCACGCUCAAGUAACUUUGUUCACUUGCUGCGUCUGGUUAUCAGAAAAGGUGGUACAGUCGUAUGUGAUUGUAAGUGACGACAGAUCACAUAGCAAAUAUUCUGUAUACACUUUCCUGAAAGCCUUAGUAGAAGAGGUAAAUCUCGGCCAACAAAUUAACAAGAUCUACAUUUUUUCUGACAAUUGUGCUGGGCAGUUUAAGAGUAGAUUCACACUAUCUAAUCUGUGCUUUUUCGAAACAGAUUUCAACUUAGAAGUUGAAUGGAAUUUUUUUGCCAGUUCCCACGGAAAAGGAGCUGUAGAUGGAUUGGGAGGCACAAUUAAAAGAAAUGUCUGGACAGCUGUCAAAUCAAGAGCGGUCGUAAUUAAUGACGCUCAAGAGUUUCAUAACUAUGUGGACAAGACUUUGGAAACAAAAAUCAAAUCACUCUUUAUAAGCAAGGCAGAUGUAGAGAAAAAUGAAGCCAUGUUGGACCAAAGAUGGGAGAAGGUAAAACCGAUUCUCGGCAUUCAAAAAUGUCACCAUUUCCGACCAUAUGACUGCAAUAACUUGCUCAUCGCAAAAACAUCUGCAUCUUUGAUGAGCAAAACGAGUGUUUUUGAACCUGAAGAAGAUGUGCGUAGAGUUGCGGUGAAAAGACGCUUGGUGUACAGUGAUGUUUACUCAGAUUCAGAAUCAAAAUCUUCGGAUGAGGACUGUGACAACACACUGGUUGGAACUGUUCAAGAACUUCCUGCCACCAAUGGUCCAGCUGAUUUCAAAGAAAAGGACUUUGUGGUUGUAGAGUAUGAAGGUGAAUUUUUUCCUGGGCAGGUGACGGAGGUUAAAAUUGAGGACAUUUACCUAUAUAAAGUGCAAUGUAUGACAAAGUCUGGUUCAAACUGGAAGUGGCCUGAUAUUCCUGAUGAGAUGUUCUACACAAGAAAUGAUAUUAAAAAAAAAAUUGACAGUGCUAUGGUUAUACCAGUUUCAAAUCGAGGUGUAUUCAACGUUAAGGAGCCAGUGUUAGAAGCAUCAUGGUUAAAGUUCAAAGACAAGGCUUUCAAACACUAAUCUUUAGACUCUUGCUAAUGGAAAGUGUGUGUAUUCAAAGUUUAGUGAUGAUUAAUCAAUUUUACUUUUGUAAGUUUGUUUUGAUAUAAAACAUCAACUAGUUGGUUUCACACGCAAAUAAAUCUUUUUUACUUAUUUAAAA